AUGAAACUCCUUAACCGUCCAAGACUCUCCAGAAAUCCCUUUCGGGACAAUAAUACCAGGCUGCUAAUCUCUACCUUCCUCCUCGCGACGCCCAUAGCCGUGCUGUUGCUUCACUACGUAUAUCAGACCUACUAUCGCAAGAGUGACCACUGGAGCCACAGCCAUGAUAUCCUUGACCCCAUCACUCACGCUCGCGAGACCAGUUCGUUGCUGUUUGUUUCGUCUUACAGUGGGCUUGUCACAACUUUGAAUCUCUCGCUUGCAGGGUAUCGAGAUACGCCUGUGGAACUUGAAGCAUUGGCGACUACGGAUGGUUGUGCUGGGAGUCCGUCGUGGCUUACGCUUAACUGGCACAAGGGAGUGCUGCACUGCCUUGAUGAGGGACUUCGGAAUGGUAAGAAUGGGUCGUUGGCUUCUUUUGAGACAAGUGAGAAUGGUACUUUGACACCUCUAGCCAAGGUAUCGACUAUCCUCGGCCCGGUGAGUGCUGUUAUCGGUGGCUCGGCGUUUACAGCAUGGGAUAUUCAAGAUCCAGCCAAUAUCACCUCUGUCCAAGUUCAGGAGUUCGACCUCCCCAGGCCCGGUCCGGAUCCGUCCAGACAGGAAGCGGCCCAUCCACAUGCUGCCGUUGUUGAUCCAACGAAGCAGUUCAUUCUCAUCCCCGAUCUGGGGGCUGAUUUAAUCCGUAUAUAUGGCAUUGAUGCCGAAGGUCUAGGGUCAACCGAGCUUGAUCCUUUGGUCGUUGCUCCUGGCAGCGGGCCUCGGCAUCUGGCCUUCGUUGUAAAGGAAACCAAGACGUUUAUGUAUCUCGUGACCGAAUUGGCCAACACUAUUGCUGGGUAUGAGGUUGUAUACGGUGGUGAAUUUAUUGCCUUCAAAGAGAUUUGGAACAGUGGUAUCCAUGGAGAAGGCAAAGACGUACCCCAAGGUGCAGCAGCAGCUGAAAUUGCUGUAUCACCGGAUAGAGAAUUUCUCAUAGUCUCAUCUCGAAAUGAGAACACCUUUCAAGUGCCGAGCUUCGACGCUGGUAACAACACCAACAUCACCUCUGAUCCACUUAUCAACUUCAAAAUCGACGGCGAGACUGGACGUCUCGCUUUGCACCAAGAUGUCCCAUGUGGAGGGAAGUUCCCUCGUCAUUUUGCUAUCAAUAAAGCUGGAACAUUGGUUGCAGUGGCGCUCCAAAUGGAUGGCCGUAUCGUCAUUAUUGAAAGAGAUGUCAAAACAGGCAUGCUCGGUGAUUUCAUCGCCUAUGCACAGCUAGAAGGUGAAGUCACGGCCGUGAUCUUCUACGAGGGAUAG